UGGCCACUUCAAUCAGAGAACACUCAGAUCUCUCACAUCUUUCCCCAGGCAGGCUCUGCCCUUCUUCUACACUAAGGAGUUUCUUUGUCUCCUUUUACCUUUUCCCGAUGACACGGUUGAUGGCCAGUGAGAAUCAGACAGCAGUGACCGAGUUCCUCUUCUCUAUGUUCCCUCAUCUGCAUGAAGGUGGCCUCUUAUUCUUUAUUCCUUUGCUUCUCAUCUAUGGAUUUAUCAUAACUGGAAACCUAAUGAUAUUCAUUGUCAUCCAGCUGGACAUGGCCUUGCACACCCCCAUGUAUUUCUUCAUCAGUGUCCUCUCUUUCCUGGAGAUCUGGUAUACCACGACUACCAUCCCCAAGAUGCUCUCCUGCCUAAUCAGUGAGUGGAAGACCAUCUCUCUGGCUGGCUGCCUCAUGCAGAUGUAUUUCUUUCACUCUCUGGGUAUCACAGAAGGCUGUGUCCUGACAGCAAUGGCCAUUGACAGGUACAUAGCUAUCUGCAAUCCUCUCCAGUACCCAACCAUCAUGACUCCGAAAAUUUGUAUCCAUCUGACAGCUGGAGCCUACCUCUGUGGCUUCCUCCUUGUGCUCCCUGAGAUUGCAUGGAUAGCCACCCUGCCUUUCUGUGGCUCCAACCAGAUCCAGCAGAUCUUCUGUGACUUCACGCCUGUGCUGAGCUUGGCCUGCACAGACACAUCCCUGGUGGUCAUUGUGGAUGCCAUCCAUGCUGCGGAGAUCCUAGCUUCCUUUCUGGUCAUCGCCCUCUCCUACAUCCGGAUCAUCAUGGUGAUUCUGGGGAUGCCUUCAGCUGAAGGUCGUCACAAAGCCUUUUCUACAUGUGCUGCCCAUCUUGCUGUGUUCUUACUGUUUUUUGGCAGUGUGGCUGUCAUGUACUUGCGAUUCUCAGCAACUUACUCAGUGUUUUGGGAUACAGCAAUUGCUGUCAUUUUUGUUAUCCUUGCUCCCUUUCUCAACCCCAUUAUCUAUAGCCUGAGAAAUAAGGACAUGAAAGAUGCUAUUGGGAGGCUUUUCUUCUGCCAGAAGAGGGCUGGUGGGGUUCAGAGAUAGAUCUAGAUCCUGAGGACUCUGAAAAAACUCUUGGAAGUUCAGGAUUUCACUCUUCCUUGGCUUUUUCACUCUUCCUUGGCUUGGAUUAUGCUUUUUUUUUUCUAUUGUC